GUUUCGUAGUGAAAAAAUUGCCCCAAAUGAAUUUUCUCUUUCCUCAACCUCCAACUUGCAGGACAGCUGCUCUUCGUCGUCCUCCUUUACCCGCUUCCGGAGUUCUGAUUUCCUCCUCCUCCUCUUAAACCCCUAACUACUCUCCUCCAACAAAACCACCGUUUUUUAGUUGUAUCACCACCUCUACACGGCGGCGCUUCUGCCAUUGUGGAUUUUCAAUUUGGGGACUUCCAACCACCUCUCCUUCUCCGCCGCUGCUGUUAUCGGUAUUGACAUUACUGACUUAGUUAUAUUUGCCUUGUCACUAUGGAUUCUGAUCUGUCCCCGCCAGCCCAAGAAAGUAAUGAUCUGAAGGCUGGAUUUCGCAAGAUUACUAAUGAAGCAGCCAGCCGGAAAUAUAGGCGUCGCUCGCCAGUUUCUGGAUCGUCUGAUGAAAAUGGGAGUCCAAAACGUGAUCAUAGCUCAAGAGGAUUUUCAAAAGUUUCUAACAAUGAGAGACGGAACAAUGAUAAAGUGGAUGACCGAAGAUCUGACAGGAGCCAACAUGGACGCAGCAGUGAUUCUUAUAGACAGUCUUCAAGAGGUAAUAGGCACGAUGAGCACUCUAGGUCUGAUUACAGAGACCGAGAAAGUGACUAUAAUAGGUCUAAGGAUCGCUACAGAGAUGUGGACAGGUAUCCAAGAGAUAGGUCUGAUAGGACCAGAUAUGAUGGAAGGCGUGGAGGAAGGUAUGAUGACAGUGAUAGGCGUUUUAGAGAUAGAGAUCACCACCAAGAUGAAAAGAGGGACUACAGAAGUUUUAGGGGGCACCAAAGUGAUUUCAACUCAAAAAAGGACGCUAGUGAUGUGAAGGAUUCAGAAGGUGCAAAGUUCAACCAGGAGAAGAGCAAAAAUGAGGGGUUGGACGGGCAUGAAGAAAAAUAUGGUAGAGCUAGGGGAAGAUCUGAAGAAAGGUCUGCUUUUGUGAGUGAAGAGUUUCCUGCCAAAAGGUCUAAGUUCAGCUUGGGCAGUGAUGAUCGGAAAGAUGGAAGGCAAUCAUCAGGUUCUAAGCAAAGUGAAGAUUUUGCGGCUAAAGUGUCACCUGAGCAAGGCCUUGUUUCUGGUGAUGAUUCCGUUACGGGUCUGGAUGCUGCUAAAGUUGCAGCCGUAAAAGCUGCUCAAUUAGUUAAUCAAAAUCUUACAAGUACGGGGUUCAUGACCGCUGAUCAGAAGAAGAAGCUGCUAUGGGGAAAUAAAAAGAGCAGUGCUACAGAAGAGUCCAGCCAUCACUGGGAUACAUCUCUUUUUUCUGACCGUGAGCGACAAGAGAAGUUCAACAAACUCAUGAGUCUGAGGUUGCCUUGGUACAUAUGGCCAAUUGUAGGGUGUGAAGGGCGAAGCGAAGGUGGACGCGAAACCUAUGAGCAGUCAAGAUGCAGAGAAGCAGAGAGAACAACUUCAGCUGGAUUUGGAGAAGCAAUACACUGCUGGACUCCGACGAAGAGAUGGCCGUACUGUAGGAUUAGGUCUGUAAAAACUUACUUGGGUGGCUCUUUUACAGCUGAGACAUUAUCCAGUCUUUUAGUAUGUAUGAGAAUUUUGGUGAGUGUAGUGCUGUACCUGUACAGCUUGAUGGUUAUGAGAAUUCUAGGUUUCUGUUUAGCUAUUUCGUAUUGCUUUCCUCUGCUGAUCGACUGUGCUGUGUUGUGCAUUUCAGUUUUGCUGAAGUUUUUGUAUUACAUGUUUUUUUUUCUGACUUUAGGCUUGGACUGUUGGUAGGAAAAUUCACUAAAACAGCAAAACAAGUUCUGAUUGGUUGCUAGGAAAAUAAAAAGCUGUUGGUUGACUAGGUCAUCGCGUGUAUGGCUGGUGGA